AUGAGAAAUGCUCAGAAGCUGCUCGAUCCACGUCAUCUCCUUCCCGGCGCGACCCAACAGACACCUAGGGCUCAUUCUUUUCAAUCCCCAACGGCUUGGACCACCGCUGCUCCGUCGAUGAGCCACCAGCUCUGCAGAAUUCAUCCUCAAAAGCCCAGAAGCUAUUCGAUCAACGUCAUCCCCUCCCGGUACAACCCAGCAAAGGCCAAGGUUAAGACUUGGACGGCCGCUGUUCUGUGGAUGAGCCACCAGCUCCGUAGGCUCAAGACUCCAAAGAGAAUGGAUCAGAAGAAGAGAGCCCGGAGAGCAUCGACAACUGGGAGAAACGUGGAAAUCACUGGAACUUGUCUUUCAGCAGUUGAAAGCAAAUCGAUUCGAGGAGUAUCAAAGGAUCUGGAGAUGGAGGAGAAGCACAUCAGGAUGUGGAUGGAGAGAAGAGCAUAA